AUGCAGGUCCAGUAUUCUGCUCCACAUUGCAAAUCGUCCACUUUCGUCCUCAAUGAAAGAUGCGCACUGGCAUCCAAAAUGGAAAUCCAUCGUGAACAGAGUAUCUGCCAGGCGCGAGCUGCUGUUAUGGUAUACGAUGAUGCCAAUAAGAAGUGGGUGCCGGCGGGCGGCUCGACUGGCUUUAGCAGAGUCCACAUCUACCACCACACUGGAAACAAUGCCUUCCGUGUGGUCGGCCGUAAAAUUCAAGAUCAUCAGGUGGUGAUAAACUGUGCCAUUCCUAAGGGGUUGAAGUACAACCAAGCCACACAGACCUUCCACCAGUGGCGAGAUGCUCGGCAGGUCUACGGCCUGAAUUUUGGCAGCAAGGAGGAUGCCAACGUGUUUGCCAGUGCCAUGAUGCAUGCCCUGGAAGUGUUGAACUCCCAGGAGACAGGUCCCACAUUGCCCAGGCAGUCCCAAAAUGUUCAGAAUGGCCCUGCGCAAGAGGAAGUAGAUUUUCGAAGAAGGCAGCUCCAGGAGCUCCAGAAGCAGAAGGAGAUCGAAAAGGAGCGCCAGGAACGCGAAUGUCAAGAACGGGAGCGUCAGGAAAGGGAGCGCCUGGAGCGAGAGAUGCAAGAGCGAGAACGUCAGGAGCAGGAACGUCAAGAACGGGAGCGUCAGGAAAGGGAGCUACGCGAAAGAGAGGCGCAGGCCGAGAGGGAGCGACUGGAGCGUGAGCGUCAGGAGCAGCAGGAGCGGAUGGAGAGGGAGAAGGUGGAGAGAGAGAGGCAGGAAAAGGAGCAGCAAGAACAGUUGGACAGAGAGCAGCAAGACUGGGAAAGAGGGAGACGCAUCUCGAAUGCUGCAUUUGAAAGCACUCUGUACAGUCCCACUCCUCAGGAGUAUAGCAGAACAUCAUCCACGCCCACAUCUCCAUCCGCACAUUCAAUCCCGGGAGGCGUUUUGUCCUCCUCCACGACACCCCCUACACCGCCAUUAAGGCACUCUGCGUCCCGUUUUGCCACAUCGCUUGGCUCGGCCUUCCACCCUGUCCUUCCCCACUACGCCACUGUUCCAAGGAGACAGCAGGCGUUCUCCCAGGUACCACCUCCUGCUCCGGCUCCGGUCCCCAACCCUGCCGCCGCAGCCAAGUCUGUGGUGUGUUCAGCGUACAACUUCACACCUUUGCCCCCGUCACCUCCGGUCAUGAUCAGCAGUCCACCAGGGAAGGCUGCCGGCCCACGGCCUCUCAUCCCCAUCGCGGCCCCGUCUCCGCUCUCCCAGAAGUCCACCUCGCCGUCUCCCAACGGCCCACCUAUGUUUCCUGCCCCUUCCCCGGUCACCAUCUUGCCACACAGCCACCCUGCCGGCAUAGCCUGCCCCACCCCUCCGCCACCGCCAACCCCGCCACCAUUCACUUCUUCGUGCGUCUCGUCUCCCCCCUCCUCAUCCCAUGCUCCUGGUUUGCCCUCUCCCUCCACAGCGCCCUCUGUCACUGCAGUUGCGUCCACCGAGCACCUCACCCUCCCUCUGGGCCAGGGCCCGUCAAGCCCAGGGGAUCCAGAACCCCCACUUCACCCAUAAACAGAUAUUGUUCAGCCGGCGGGGCUGACCACACCCACCCCUCCCCCACCUCCACCCCUGCCACCCGGUUCUACUGUGACAUCUGUGGCUGCCACGCCGGCCGCCACCCCCACCACACCGUCAGGACACCCUCCCCCACCGCCGCCUCCACCUCUUCCUCCUUCAUUGACUCCGACCGGGACCCCUACCAGCCCGCCCGGGCAGCCUCCUCCUCUCGGAACACCAACACCUCCCCCGGCACCUCCCCUUCCCGCCGGUCUAUUCUCUCCUGUAGAAGACCGUCCCUCCUCAGGGUUGGCUGCCGCCCUCGCAGGAGCCAAGCUCCGCAAAGUGCCAAGGAGUGAUGAUGCAGGGGCAGCUCUGGCAGCAGCCCUGUUGGGGACAGUCGGGGGUACGGGGGCCAAAUCGGAGUCGAGAGGCAAUGGCCCUCUACCUGGAGGAGGCGGGCUAAUGGAGGAGAUGAGCGCACUUUUGGCAAGAAGAAGAAGAAUUGCCGAGAAGGGCUCUUCACCUGAACCCGACCAGAGAUCGGAGGAGGGUGAGGUAACCACGACCCCGAAGGUGUCAGCAUGUAGCACGCCAGACAUGCCAAGGAAGCCAUGGGAAAGAACAAACAACAGUACUAUGAAUGGUAGCAAAUCACCAGUUAUAGGAAGACCUAAAUCUACUCCAACACCUACUGCAUCCUUAAGUGCCAAUGGUGUGCCAACAGAGGUUGUUGACUAUGACAGAUUGAAACAGGACAUUCUGGAUGAGAUGAGGAAGGAGCUGUCGAAGCUAAAAGAAGAGCUCAUUGAUGCAAUCAGGGAGGAACUCGGCAGGUCCAGUACGGCAUAG